UCCAAAUUUUCUCCAACCAUCUUUAGUUUAUAAUAUUCGAACCUGCGAACAUGGCUGCUCUUCAGCUGCGGCUCUCUUCUUGGGCCAAAUCAGCAUCAGGCUCUCUGAUGCUGCCAUCAGCAGCAAGCUGAGACAUCAGCGGAGGCAGGGAUGCUCCCUGCCAGCGAGACGUCUGAGUGGUCUGAAGAGGAUGCAGAAGAGACUACAGAGGAGGGAGAUGAGACAAGAGAGACAGGAGAGAGGGGAGGAAGGAGAGAAGAAGGAUGAGAGAGGUUAUAGGGAGUUUUGGGAGAUUUUUACUAAGUGGUGAGGAUUGGUCAUAGUCACCAAUUGCACACUUCUUAUUAGUUUUCCUCUAAACUUUCC